AUGGACUUUCUAAAUAACGAUAUAAAUGAUGACUUGUUUAGUCCUAACAGCAAUAAUAAUAACACCAAUGGUAAUUCAGAUGACUUUUCAAACCUCUACGGUGCUGCUGGGUUUAACGAUCCUCUGAAUCAAAAUAAUAACAACAACAUGAUAAAUCAGGGCCAAUCUCCAGGAAAUUUUAUGAAUAAUAACAAUAAUAUUAAUAAUAAUAAUCCGAUGUCUCAAGUAGCUUCUCCCUUUGACUUUUCAAGGAAUAAUAGUACAGGCGGCCCAAUUGGUUCAAGUGCUCCUAUUAAUAGCAAUAACCUGCCUCUUUCGCCACAAGCAAUUUUAGCAAGGAAAUCAAUUGCUAGCAACAACAAUAAUAGUACCACCCCUAUUAUGAACAAUAAUAUAGGACUUAAUACCUUCCCAACUAAUAACAACAGUAAUAGUAAUAAUAAUCAUAAUAAUAACAAUAAUAAUAAUAAUGGAAAUAUUAGUAACACUGCAAGUGCCAAUCGCAAUGUACCUUCAUUUUCUAUGUCUCCUCAAGAUAUAUUUUCACCCACGAACACUUCAAAUCAACAAUUUAAUGAUCCUACAGUGAGCAAUACUAAUUCAAACAUGUUAAAUAAUAAUACAAGCGGAACUCCUGCAGAUAUCAAUGCGCAUGCCAUCUUAACGCCUGGCCAAAAUAUGAACUCAAAUCUAAAUAACAAUGCCAGCGGUGGAAAUUUUGGAAAUACAACUUCAAGAAACUCUGCUUCUGCAACACCACAACAGAUUUUAUCGCAAACAACCACUCAAAAUGUGUAUCCUUCUACUUCAAAUAAUACUAACAAGAAUAGUACUACCACUAAUAAUUCUAUUAACACCAAUAACAAUAAUAAUUUAUCCCGUAACAAUAGCACUAAUGCAAAUAAUACAGGUACUAAAGCCAUGUCUCCUUCCUUUAACUACCAAUCUCCAGUGGUUAACAAUAUAAAUACUUCUAACCAGAAAAACGUUAGCACUUACAAUUUAAAUAAUCCAAACUUAACCCAAGACAAUAACCAUGUUGAUAGAUCUACUGAUGUAUUUGCUGAUAGAGCUGCUGUAUUUGCUGCUUUGCAGCAUAGACAACAACAACAACAACAACAACAACAACAACAACAACAACAACAACAACAGCCACAGCCACAGCCACAACCCCAACCCCAACCACAACAACAGCGUCAAAUGCAUAAACAACAACAACAGCAGCAAUUCCAGCAACAGUACCAACAACAACAGCAACAACAACAACAGCAGCAGCAGCAGCAACAACAACAACAUCAACAACAAAUGAAUCAGCAACAACAUAGUUUCCAAGCCGUCCAACCUCAACAACGCCAAGGCUCUAGACAACCUCAAUCGCAAAAACAAAACUCAAAUCCAAAUACGAAUCUAAAUUCAAGUUUAACCCAGAAUACUACUCAAUCUCAGUCCCAUUCACAAUCUCCACAAUUAGUACAGGCUGUAAUGAAUAGAAAUAUCUCUCAAUCGGGAACCCCUAACGUUAGUAACCCUAAUUCAACUCUAGGCCAAGGAUCCGUACCCACUCCUGGAUCGGCAACUUCUAAUAGCAACGCCAAUAUUGCUAAUAAUAUCAAUAACAGUACUGUAUCUUCUCAUAGCGGAUUAACUCCUGCAAAUAUAUUACAAAGCGUUAAUCCUGAACUGCAACAUAGAAUUUCUGCUGAAUUGAGCAGUAAACAAUAUGAAUUAUUUAUGAAAUCAUUAAUUGAAAAUUGUAAGAGAAAUAAUAUUUUUUUACAACGUAUACCUGAAAUUCAAAAUAGAAAAAUUAAUUUAUUUAUCUUAUUUAUGUUUGUUCAAAAAUUAGGGGGCUGCGAGAACGUUUCCAGUAACCAACAAUGGGCUUUAAUUGCCAAUAAACUACAAAUUAAUGACCUUCAAAGAUUAAUUGGCAUUUAUUAUAAGUUUUUAGCCCCAUAUGAAAAAUUUAUACUUUCACCAGAUGGUGUCAAAGAAACACAAGCUAAAAAAGUGUUCCUACAGCAAUUUUUCCAAGAAAUCUUAAAAAAAUAUCAAGUAUUUAAUAACAAUAAUAACUCUGUACCAUCUUCUCAUAAUAAUUCCAAUGAAAAUAAUACUACAGUUCCUACGAAUACAAACAACACCAAUGCAUCUAAUGUUUCUUCCCCUGCGGUCAGCAAUGCUGUGCCGAUAACAAAUAAUACUCCAUUAAUGACUCAACAACAGAAGUCAUUAAGCCAAAACCAAUCACCACAAUUCCAACAACUUCAACAACAGAUGCAACUACAACACCAACUACCACCCAAUAGUGUACAACAACAGCAGCAACAACAACAACAACAACUCCCUUUUCAACAGCAACAGCUGCAAAAGAAAACACCACAAUCUCAAUCACAUCCACAACAAUUAACACAACAACCUCUCAUUCAACCACAGCAAAAGCCUAAGCAAAAAGCUCGAGUCAAGUCAAAGCCAAAACAAAGUUUAAAUCAAUCAGACUCAGUUCAAACUCCAUCUUCCUUUGCUAUUGAACCAUCUCUUUCGAAUAAGUCCGUCUCUAAAGGCAAGGGUGUUAUUAAACCAACCAAGAAACUACGUAAAACGAAGCCAAAAAAAACUAAGAAAGAACUUGAAUUAGAACAACAACAGUUAUUAGAACAGCAACAGCAACAGCAACAGCAACAGCAACAGCAACAGAAACAGCAACAGCAACAGCAACAGCAACAGCAACAACAAUUACAACAGUCACAACAACAACAAUUUCAAGAACAACAGAAAAAAUUAAUGCAAGAGAAGGUUAAGAAACAACAUGAAUUAAUGAGACAAAAAUAUCAACAAGAAUAUGCUAAAUUACCAAAAGUUUAUGAAAGAUCAACUAUUAGAAAUUAUAAACCAACUAAUAGACCAAUUCAAAACAUUUUAGGUUAUGAUUUGAAUUAUGUUUCUCAAAUAGGUGAAAAAAUUGAUUCUACUAAACCUAUAUUUUUAUUUACUCCUGAACUUGGUACAGUUAAUCAGAAAAAUUUAUCCAUUGCACUAGAAUCCAAUAGUUUAGGUGAAAUUUCGACCGCAUUAAACACCCUUUUAAUCAUAACUUCUGAUUCUAAAUAUAAAUUUAAUUUAACAGAUUGUACUUACUUACUUGACGCCUUAUGUUUAUUAGGUCUUGAUACCAUUUCUAAUAUUAUCGAUUCGUAUAAUAUUAACUCAAGAUCCGCGAAGUUGAAUACUAAAUAUUGUACUGAGUAUGAAACUGAUAUUAAUAAUCAUUUAAAUGACAAUUUUACUCCUUAUAACAAAGUCAACGAUAAUAUGAAUCAAAUAUUUGAAAAUUAUUUAGAUUCCAUUAAUUAUACUCAACAAGAAAAUGAAAAUAUUAAAAUUAAAGUCGAUUCUUUAACUGGUAAUGAUAUCGAACAAGUUCCUCCAAUGCUAACUCCCGUACAAACACCAUUAUUAAACGAUGUAGAAGUAGUUAUUGACGACGAAGAGGUGUACAAUGAAGAUGAAGAUCAUAACCCUAAUAAUACGAACUACACAUCUAACUUCCAUGAUUAUCCUAAAAAGUGGUCUUUUAUCCCUAAACCCGUCAGAAAGAAAAUUAAUCAAAUACCAUCUAAUUUAUAUACUCCAUCCUACAUGCAGUCCUUAAAAUCCAUCAGAGAUGAAAUAGGUUCACCAUUUACCAAGGUAAAUACAAGAGAUGCCGAGGACUCGAGAGUUUUAUCAGUUGACCAAUUAUCAAUGAUUAGUAUGAUAAUUAGAAAUCUGACCUUUUCGGAUAACAAUGCUCUACUUAUCAGUAAGAAUAUAUACUACAAAAGGUUUCUUUCUGAUAUUCUAUGGCUUAUUUUUAUUAAUUCAGAGAAAUUGAUUUUUACGAGGAAAUGUUUUAAUUUAAAGAAGGAUAUUAUUAUUAGUUUGAGUAACGUAUCACAUAACUUGGCUAUUGACUCUAAAAUUGAUUUCUUUUUAAUUUUAUUAUUAAUUAUUAGUUUUGGUGAACCCAAGCCUUUUGCAAAUAGUCUAGGCUCUGAUCAUUUGACAUAUUCGGAAUAUCCUUUAGAAUUAGGCAAAUAUCAAACUUUUGGUAUUGACGUAUUGGCUAAAUUAUUGUCAUUAGAAUCACCUAAUAGAAAAGUUUUUAUGAAUUUAAUUAUUGAUUGGGAUUAUUAUAAUAAAAGUGAAAAUAAUGAAAUCAUUGUUCAAUUGAUGAACAUUUAUAAUAAUGGUAAUAGAACUAAAUUAUUAACGGAUAUAUUUUCAUUUUUAAUAUCAGCUAUUCCAUUUAUGCAGGUAAAUACUAUGCCAUCAAUCAUCGAGGUUAUGGCUCCCACUAUAUCACAAAGUUUGGUAUGUUUAAUAACUUUAUUAGGAAAUUUGGAUUUUAAAAAAAUACAAGAUAUGAAAAAUCCAAGAAACAAAGACCAUUAUGAUACUUCACAAAGAAAUAAAAAUGAAAAACGAGAAGUUGAAUUCGAAUAUGAUGUGAAAAAUUUACCAUUAAUUUGGUUGAAUUGUGAAGAAAAUAUUGGUUGUAAUGCUAAGCGAUUAAGUGAUGCACUAAAUAAAAUUAGUAUUCAUACAGAUCAAAGUUUAAAAGACUUGAAAAUAAUAUUUGCAUCAAUUAGCUCAUCGUUAUUAGAAUUAAUAUGUCUUUUAAUUGAGAAGAGUAUUGAAUUUACUAAUCAGGAUAAAAAGACUGAGGCCGAAAAUAAUUAUGAAAAAUUUAAAACAUUUAAGACGAUUAUUGAGAUUACUGGCUUAUUACCAACUGAAGCACAAUGCAUUAGUGUUUUAACUAAUCCACAAACUGAUGUCAAUAUUGCUAACCAAACUCGUAGACUAUUUUUCUUAAGAAAUUUCAUACUUGAUUUUGUUUGCAACAAUAAAGAACAAUUUAUUACUACCACUAAUACUACAAAAAAUACUAAAACAGAAGAGAAUAUCAGUGCAGUUGAUAAUGGAACUGCAAAUAAUGAAGAAAAAGUAGAAGAGGGCAUGGACGUGGAAGAAGAGGAAGAGGAUAAAGAGGAAGAAGAGGGAAUGGAGGAAGAAGAGGGAAUGGAGGAAGAAGAGGGAAUGGAGGAAGAAGAGGGAAUGGAGGAAGAGAAAGAGGAAGAACACGAACAACAGCAACAGCAGCAAGAACCAGAACCAGAACAACAGCAAGAACAAGAGCAGGUGAUAGAAAAGAAAGAGGAAGGAGAAGAAAAGAAAGAAGAGGAAGAAGAGGAAGAAGAAGAAGAAGGAGAAGAAGGAGAAGGAGAAGAACUAGAAAAUGAGGGGGGAAAAGAAAAAGUAGAAAAGGAAAAUGAAGUGGAAAAGGAAAAUGAAGUUGAAAUACAAAACACUGUUAAUUUAGAAGAAGAACCUUGUCCGGAAAGAAAUAUAACUGAUGGGGAACAUGCCACUACCAGCAUGUAA